UGCAGGCCAUCAGGACUCUGGAGUAUGGCUACAAUCAAUGGAAACAACGAUUUUGUGGUUCUGAGUAAUGGCAACAUUCCGUCCAGUGUCACUAGUCCUGAUAUCCUUGCAACCAGUGAUUGCAAUGUUGCAGUCCCAAAUCUCCCAUCUAAGGAAACCACAAGAAGAAAAGUGAGUGAAAAUGGGUGCCUUCAGCUUAAUGGUGUGCUAAAAGCAUCAUUUUUGUCUGUAGAUGACCAAAGAACCCCACAGGUGCUAUCACAAUGUUGUCAUCCUUGCCCAUAUCAUCAUCCACUAAAUAACCGUGGUAGUCAACAAGAAUGUCUUCCGCUGACUGGCAAUGCAGCACCAUCUCCAUUGACUUCCUGCUGUUUAAACCCUCAUACCGAGUAUUCAGCUUCUGCUUGUCAAAAACGCACACCCCUAUAUCAGCCUGCCUGCUGCCUUCAGUCCUCCCCAUCUUUCUGCCUACAUCAUCAGUGGCCAGAACAUUUUCAGCACCAGCCUGUACCACAACAUAUCACCAUUAUAAGGCCAGUUAGAACACUCACGUUGCCCAAAAGCUAUGCAGCCCUGAUAGCCGAUUGGCCUGUGGUGGUUUUAGGCAUGUGUACUGUGCUAAUUGUGGUGUGUGCAUUAGUUGGAAUAUUAGUACCAGAUCUGCCAGACUUCUCUGAUCCAUUAUUGGGUUUUGAACCAAGAGGUACUGCAAUAGGGCAGAGGCUAGUCACAUGGAAUAAUAUGGUGAAAAAUACAGGCUACAAAGCAACGUUAGCAAAUUAUCCUUUUAAAUAUGCAGAUGAACAAGCUAAAAGUCAUCGAGACAACAGAUGGUCAGAUGAUCACUAUGAAAGGGAGAGAAGGGAAGCAGACUGGAAUUUCCACAAGGACAGCUUUUUCUGUGACAUUCCAAGUGAUCGCUAUUCACGAGUGGUAUUUACAUCAACAGAUGGUGAGAACCUAUGGAAUUUACCCUCCAUAAAAUCAAUGUGCAAUGUCGAUAAUUUGAGGAUACGAUCCCAUUUUCAGUUUGGUGAUCUCUGCCAGAGGACCACUGCUGCUUCUUGCUGUCCCAGCUGGACCUUGGGCAAUUAUAUUGCCAUUUUAAACAACAGAUCAUCCUGUCAAAAAAUUGUAGAGAGAGAUGUUUCUCAUACUCUGAAGCUGCUCCGUACAUGUGCCAAAUACUAUUACAAUGGGACCCUGGGACCAGAAUGCUGGGAUACAGCAGCCAGGAGAAAGGACCAACUCAAGUGUACAAAUGUGCCUCGUAAAUGUACAAAGUAUAAUGCUGUUUAUCAGAUCCUCCACUACCUAGUAGACAAAGAUUUUCUGAGCCCAAAGACUGUGGAUUAUGUCUUACCAGCUUUAAAGUACAGCAUGCUUUUUUCACCUACAGAAAAAGGGGAGAGCAUGAUGAAUAUCUAUCUGGAUAACUUCGAGAACUGGAACUCUUCUGAUGGGAUAACCACCAUCACAGGGAUAGAGUUUGGAAUAAAGCACAACUUAUUCCAAGAUUACCUUUUAAUGGAUACCGUGUAUCCUGCUAUAGCCAUUGUGAUUGUUCUGUUAGUCAUGUGCAUAUACACCAAGUCCAUGUUUAUCACACUGAUGACCAUGUUUGCCAUAAUAAGCUCCUUGAUUGUUUCUUACUUCCUUUAUAGGGUAGUAUUUAAUUUUGAGUUUUUCCCCUUCAUGAAUCUCACUGCACUGAUUAUUCUCGUUGGCAUUGGAGCAGAUGAUGCUUUUGUCUUGUGCGAUGUCUGGAGCUACACAAAAUUUGACAAGUCUCAUGCUGAAACUUCAGAGACAGUGAGCAUAACCUUGCAACAUGCUGCCCUUUCCAUGUUUGUCACCAGUUUUACCACUGCUGCUGCCUUUUAUGCCAAUUACGUAAACAAUAUUACAGCAAUCAGGUGCUUUGGGGUUUAUGCUGGCACCGCCAUAUUGGUGAACUAUGUUCUAAUGGUAACAUGGUUACCUGCAGUCGUCGUGUUACAUGAACGGUACCUACUCAAUAUAUUUAGUUGUUUCAGAAAGCCUCAGUCAAGGGCAUAUAACAAAAGCUGCUGGACAGUGCUGUGCCAAAUGUUCCAGAAGGUUGUUUUUGCUGGCUCAGAAGUGUCCAGAAUAUUUUUUGAAAAAGUGUUGCCAUGCAUUGUUAUCAAGUUUCGCUAUGUUUGGUUGGUCUGGUUCUUAGCCUUAACUGUUGGUGGAGCAUAUAUUGUGUGUGUGAAUCCAAAGAUGAAGCUACCAUCACUGGAGCUGUCAGAGUUUCAAGUGUUUCGGUCUUCUCAUCCUUUUGAGCGUUAUGAUGCUGAAUUCAAAAAGCUUUUUAUGUUCGAGCGUGUCCAUCAUGGGGAGGAGCUUCAUAUGCCCAUCACAAUAAUCUGGGGGGUCUCUCCUGAGGAUAAUGGAGACCCCUUAAAUCCUAAAAGUAAAGGAAAUCUAAAAUUGGAUAGCAGUUUUAAUAUUGCAAAUCCAGAUUCUCAGCUCUGGAUUUUAAGGUUCUGCCAAAAGCUAAGGAAUCAAACCUUUUUUUAUCAAACAGAAGAGCAAGACUUCACAAGCUGCUUCAUUGAGACGUUUAAGCAGUGGAUGGAAAAUCAGGACUGUGAUGAGCCAGCUCUUUAUCCAUGCUGCAGCCACUGGAGUUUCCCCUACAAACAGGAGGUGUUUGAAUUAUGUAUCAAGAGGGCCAUCAUGGAACUCGAAAGAAGCACAGGGUACCAUUUAGACAGCAAAACUCCAGGGCCUCGCUUUGACAUAAAUGACACCAUCAGAGCAGUGGUACUGGAGUUCCAAAGCACCUACCUCUUCACCUUAGCUUACGAUAAGAUGCAUCAAUUUUACAGAGAGGUGGAUUCGUGGAUUUCAGAUGAGCUGAGUACUGCUCCCGAAGGUCUAAGCAGUGGUUGGUUUGUGAGUAAUUUAGAGUUCUAUGACCUCCAGGACAGCCUCUCUGAUGGUACUUUGAUCGCCAUGGGUCUUUCAGUGGCUGUUGCAUUCAGCGUAAUGCUGCUUACAACUUGGAAUAUAAUAAUAAGCCUUUAUGCAAUAGUUUCAAUUGCAGGGUCAAUAUUUGUCACUGUCGGGUCGCUUGUUCUUUUAGGAUGGGAGCUGAAUGUAUUAGAGUCUGUCACCAUUUCUGUCGCUGUUGGCUUAUCUGUAGAUUUUGCUGUCCAUUAUGGGGUCGCAUACCGCUUAGCUCCUGAUCCUGACCGGGAAGGAAAAGUCGUCUUCUCUCUAAGCCGCAUGGGUUCGGCAAUUGCUAUGGCUGCACUGACAACAUUUGUAGCUGGAGCAAUGAUGAUGCCUUCUACGGUUCUAGCAUACACUCAGCUUGGCACUUUCAUGAUGCUUAUAAUGUGCAUUAGUUGGACAUUUGCAACCUUCUUUUUCCAGUGCAUGUGCCGUUGCCUUGGGCCCCAAGGUACUUUUGGCCAAAUUCCUCUGCCUAAAAAGAUGCAGUGUAGUGCCUUUUCCCAGGCAUUGUCAGGAAACAAAGGAGACAAGGAACGAGAUCAAACUCAUCCAGUUAACAAAUACCACUUGGAUUCCAGAACUCAAAAAACAGACAUGGAGCAUGAGCAUUAUGAGUUAGAGCCUUUGGCAUUGCAUACUAACAAUUGCACUGCGUCAGAGAAGAGAACCUAUGAAGAAACGCACAUCUGCUCUGAGCUUUUCAAUGGUAGACCUUCAGAUUCACACGUUCUUCCCCAGUCAGCUUACAAUAACGAACAGAACAUAGGCACUAAAAGUGAAUCUGGGUUGGUCAUGAUGUCUUCUGGGGAACAGAAUACCUCUUGCCAGCUGCUGUCUCAAAAUCAACAGUGUAAUUGUUCAGAUAGUUAUAAGCAUGUGGGCAGGAAAUGGAGCCCACGUUCAUGCCAGCAGUUAAAUGAAGCUUUUUGCUACCAGUGCUCUCCUUCUGGAAGCAUGCAAAUCCAAAACUCUCUGAUUCCCAUAAAUGCGUUGCAUCAUUCCUCUGAUACUUAUAUGAACACUGUCCAGCAUGUCCUCCACUGUAACUGUCUACAUGGCAGAUUAAAAAGACCUCCAGUCCAGAAUUCACUCCCCAGAAACAUUUUUCUUCAUUCAGCACAAACUUUUCAAGGCCAUAGUCUUUCAAACACAGAGGAGAAUUUAAUAAAUCUUCCAAAGGAAGCAAGUCCAUCCCAUUUUAUCUGCAAAAGUGUCGGUUCACUAAUGAAACCUUGUUGUGAAAUGGAGAAAAGUGUACCUGAUAAUCAAAAAGGACUCUGUAAUAACCACAGAGACAAAUGGGAUGUAAUGGUCACUGAAGUAAACGGGAAUGAAAAUGGGACUUCUGCAUCAAAGCAGAACAAGAAAACGGAAACAGAGGACAUACAGAACUUACCGCAAACAGUACCAGGUAUAAAGGCUAGUCAGAAUGUGUGGGAAUUGGGGAACAGUACUGCAAGAGAAGACUGUUAUGAGUCCUGCCCUGAUAAUUCACAGUAUUGUAACAGAACCAGAGCAAUGAAGUGCAAUUCUGUUGAGUGUCAUAUGCCAAACAAUGAAGCCCAUGUGCCUGCUCUGUUAGCACACCCAGAACUUUCCAAUGAAAGUUUACUAAUAAAAACACUAUAA